AUGGAAAAGAGAACCAACACGUUCAGUUCCACGCUGGAAAAGGUCAUUACAGCUUUCUUUUACAAUGGCCAUGCCGGGCGGUCGCGAGCGCUGUCUAUGGGAUUGCAGGUGCCUUUGUGGCUUUGGACACAUCAAGUGACUGUUGAGAGCGAGCGAAGCACUCGAGAGCUCCAGAAAACGGUUAACCUCGUCUGUUGGUUCAAUGACAAUGGUGCUAACUUGACCCAAGUGGCUAUUAUCGUCCCAGGCGACGUGAAGACAAAGUUGGGAGCGCAGCUAAAGCACGCACUGCAAGGUAGGGCGCAUGAUGCACAAUCUGGUAUAUCCGAUGAUGUUUCACUCCCAACACUACUGGCCCCACAUGAACUCACAGCAAUGAAUAAAAGGGACAAGAUGGUACAUCAAUACGAAGUAGUCAUAUACCUCUUAACACUGCCACCCACUAAAAAGCAUUUGCAGGCGGCUAUGCAGCAGGAUCAGUUCAUCGCCGAUGCAGUUGCUGGUGCAGGAGGGGCUUUUAUACUCGUCACCGAUGUAGGCUGGACUACGCCACGUUUUACGACUCAGUGGCCGCAGUGGAAAGCACUUGUGAUGAAGCUAAAGGGUGAGUUGGUAUCCAUUUCUUUCAAUGAAGGUGACAAACUACCGGCAGAUGCCCAGCUCCCAUCCUUGAUGGGACCUCGUAUUCCACUCUGUUGCUCCCGUCAUGCAGACCAGCGGCAACUGGAGUACGGUAUCGUGCCGAUUGUUCGCGGUUGCCGACGGCUCUGCCUGAAGCCGUUCGUGUGUCAAAGAGAAGAACAUGUGUGCAUGGAACAGUGCCAUCCACGCGUAUCCCACAGCAAUUGCCCCUAUGCUUGUCAGACGGCCAUGCCAUGCGGCCAUGAAUGCUUACACAGCUGUAGCGAGUUGUGCAACUGCUUUGAGGUUAUCGAGAAGCCACUUACAUGCUCACAUGCUGUUAUUAUUGGUCUUGACCAGGCAACGCUGCAACCUAUUUACGCUACGGUCCGACACGUUUUUAAAGGCAGUUGUGCAGAUGCUUUUCUCCCCUGCGCUGUUGAGUACCCUACGGAGUGCUGCCGGUGUCUCGGCCCGCUCAGCACCACCUGCUCUGAGGCAACGCGUUGCGGCCAUAGCUUAGAGAAUAAAACGUUGCUGUGCGCCGCGUGUAUUAGGCUGGAGCGUGAGGUACGAGCGAAGGUACUCGGUGAUCUUUUGAUUCAGACGGAGGAGGCAAAACAGCGUAUGAAGAGGGAGGUGCAGCGCAGUGCACAUCAGCAGCGGAAGGCUUCGUCACAGGGGUUAUUCCUUGUGGGUAGCCGCGUGACCAUCUGUGAUGUGACAAAAGUAAUCAAGCCACUUUGCGCGGAAACGGACUUUCCUGGAGUUGAGUUCGUUGACUACGAAGCGACGGACUUUUACUCAUCAAUGGACGGGGCGUACGGUACGUUUAUUAGUCGUCACGUGGAUAUAGACGAUCUCAGUGAGGUGCGUAACCUCAUUCGCUUGCGGGACGGCAAGCAUGUUUUGGUGGCGGACGGUGGUGUACAGCUUCUCCGCGCUCUUACGAGUGCUAUAACGCAGCAGGCCGCCACACUUCUCCUCACCUACAAUGGCCACGGAAAAGAGAGAGGGGAUGCGGGUUCAACGGCCUCUGGCGAAGCUUUUGAAACGGCCUUCAAAAUGGUGGGGAGCCAGUUUUAUCUCGCCGUUCCCGUUCCGUUUGGAGACACUCUCAUCUCCGACAAAAUUGUGCAGGUGACUGCAGUUAACCCGGCGUCACCGGAAACUGUCAUUGUGGAGUGUCGAAUCCCCUCCAUUAGCAGCCAAACCGACGAAACCCAGGUGAAUGAUACAAUAAACGACAACCCUUCACCCCCCAAAAGGCUCCGUUUGGAGCAUUCAUCAUCUCAUCCAGGUCAUCUGCGUGCGUCCAUCGAGGUUGUGAGCCUCACCGUACCUGUCACUGCGCUUGAGUCAAUGGAAGGUUAUUCGAAGGGUAAAGAAGUUUUGGUACUGGAUCCUUCACGUCAAGUGGUACAUCCAUAUGACGUGCAGGCUUUUGGUGCCAUCCUUCAGCAUGUGCUCGAUACGGACCUUCGGAGCGCUGUUAUAUCAUCGGUGCCGGUGGCCAAAGACACUCCCUUCACACUACUGGGUGUUGUCAAUCCACCUGUGAGUUUUGCAGAUCGAUACGGCCCCUGUGCAGUGCUCCGUCAGCGGAAACAGCUGGUCACUGUGCGAGCCAGACCACAUUUGAGGUCAGGGAAACGUAGUCCAGGCAGUGCGCCGACCCCCAGCGGUAUCAACACCGCAUACGCCCAUUCAGCACGGAAUGGCGACGACGGGGAUGUGGUGGUAAUCAUUCCGUUUGUAUUCACCGCAGCUGACGAACUGCUGGAGGCAGAGAACUCGCUGGAUGCCGCUGCGUUGCAGCAACUGGAACAGCGAGUGCGUGAUACCAUUGCGGUAAAAAGCGAUGAGCUGGCCAUCCGCAAUGAUGAGGAAGCCUUUCACCGGCAGCGGCAAAUGCCAGAGGUAAUGGAGGAGGAGCUAAGUCGCGAUCGUGUGGCUUACAGCAUCCCUAUCCCGCUACCAACAGCGGAACUUCUUGCCUCUGUGCGUGUGAGGCAUGCGCGGCUUCUGUGCGCAUCAGCAACUUCGCUUCGGCUAAGUAAGCAGAAAGAUGCUAUGGCAGUUAAGCAGCAACAGCUGGGCCUCACCAAGUGGCUCGAAGCAGUAAGGCAGCGGCAUGAGCAAGACACGGAAGCAGACGCUGCAUACUUCAGGGCCCUGCAGCAGAAAGAAACAGCACAGUAA